GCUGGUCUGACGGCCGGUUCGGCCGCUUGUUAUCCAACGGAGGCUAAAGAGUUGUCACAAAUUGGCUUUUUUAUCGUCAAAACAAAAGGUCCCGAAAUAAUCAAAGAAUAUACCGGCGUAGACCUGAGCCGCAAGAAGGGCUCCAAAGAAAGCUCAACAAAAGCUGAUCCCAAGGACGUGGACACCAUUGGGAAGGAAGCCAAUAAGACUACAAAUGAUGUGCAAAAGAAGUCAGAAUCUGCUGUGAAGGGAGACUUCGGGAUGAGUCGCAAAGAAGACCAGGACUUAUACGCAAACAGGAGUACAAAAUAAUAUUAAUAAAUAGACGUUUGAAUUGAGCUUUUAUUUUAUUAGCUAACAAAUGAUAGUUUCUAUAAUCUAUACAAUAAUUAAUAGUUGUGUUAAUCGAAUGGGAAAUAAAUACAUAUUAAUUGA